AUGACCACCUUACUAUCUCGUAGAGGAUACAGAAGGUUCCGGUCACAGAGAAGACACAUAUCCGGAAGAGCAAAUCACGUCAGGAGUGAAGAGAUGUCAUAUUUCUGGAACAAUAUGAAGCGCAAUCAGACAGGAGCAUCACUCCCACCCAAAAUAGGAGCUUAUGACAUCACAUGUGUUAUCCAAAACCUUGAUGGCGAAGGCUCUUUAUGUGUCAGGUGGCUGUACACUCCUGGCAAGAUAAAGGUCAACUUCAUCUGCCAGGGGUUAAAAUUGAAAUUUAUAUUAUUUAGAACCGAGCCAGGAGGAUCCAUUUAA